GGUAGGGUGAGGGCUGAGCCACGAGCCUGAGUUCCAAGCCAAGGAACCAAAGAUGUCACUUGUGAGGGUUUGCAGCCAAAUGGUGGGGGCAGAAGACCUGAGGUAGGGCGGCCUUAGUGCCCUUGGGGGGCAGAGAGCAGUGCCUGCGGCAGAGGCUGGGCAGGCUGCCUCCCAGGCCCGGAGGCUCCCCUGCUUCCCGGGAAUCAGGGCAAGGAGGCUGCCUCACGCCCACAGUGAGGACACUUCCUGCCUCCGCAAAGACGAGCUGUGAGGAGGCCUCUCACACAGGCGGACCCAGAGUGAAGACGCCUCCUGUCCCACCAGGGGCACCUGUUUUGGGGUUACUCGAAGUCCCCAGAUCCAGAAGGCGUGGAAGGAGGUUCUUCCCACCCCAAGAGACACGGGGUGGCAGCGCUCGGCACCCCGGCAGGCACACCAGAGCCUCCGGGCCGGGCCCAAAGCCCUGACAGGCACCUGAAAACAAAGGGACCAGGACCAGCCUCAUGGCUGCAGGGAGUCAAGACCUCCCACCGGAACCAGGAAGAUGGUUGGGGGCAGAGUCGCCGGUGGCCGGACUGUGCCAUGCUGUUCCGGACCCAAGGUGGCAGCUCUCGCUGCGGGGACACUGCUGCUCCUGACGGCCAUCGGGGCAGCAUCCUGGGCCAUUGUGACCUUUCUACUCAAGAGUGAUCAGGAGCCGCUGUAUCCGGUGCAGGUCAGCCCUGCCGACUCCCGGCUCAUGGUGUUCGACGACACGGAGGGCACGUGGCGGCUGCUGUGCUCCUCGCGCUCCAACGCUGGGGUGGCGGGCCUGGGCUGCGAGGACAUGGGCUUCCUCAGGGCCCUGGGCCACUCGGAGCUGGACGUGCGGACGGCGGGCGCCAACGGCACGUCGGGCUUCUUCUGCGUGGAUGAGGGGAGGCUGCCGCUGGCCCGGAGGCUGCUCGAGGUCAUCUCCGUGUGUGACUGUCCCAGGGGCCGUUUCCUGGCUACUGUCUGCCAAGAUUGUGGCCGUCGGAAACUGCCUGUGGAUCGCAUCGUGGGAGGCCGAGACACCAGCCUGGGCAGGUGGCCGUGGCAAGUCAGUCUUCGCUACGAUGGAGCUCACCUCUGUGGAGGGUCCUUGCUCUCUGGAGACUGGGUGCUGACAGCUGCCCACUGCUUCCCUGAGCGGAACCGGGUCCUGUCCCGAUGGCGGGUGUUUGCCGGAGCUGUGGCCCAGGCCUCCCCCCAUGGCCUGCAGCUGGGGGUGCAGGCGGUGGUGUACCACGGGGGCUACCUCCCCUUUCGAGACCCCAACAGCGAGGAAAACAGCAAUGACAUCGCCCUGGUCCACCUGUCCAGCCCCCUGCCCCUCACGGAAUACAUCCAGCCCGUGUGCCUCCCGGCUGCCGGCCAGGCCCUGGUGGAUGGCAAGAUCUGUACCGUAACCGGCUGGGGCAACACACAGUACUACGGCCAACAGGCUGGGGUACUCCAGGAGGCCCGAGUCCCCAUAAUCAGCAACGAUGUCUGCAAUGGCCCCGAUUUCUACGCGAACCAGAUCAAGCCCAAGAUGUUCUGUGCCGGUUACCCUGAGGGUGGCAUCGACGCCUGCCAGCCAGGCCUCCCCUUCCCCCACCAGGGUGACAGCGGUGGCCCCUUCGUGUGUGAGGAUAGCAUCUCUCGGACGCCACGUUGGCGGCUGUGUGGCAUCGUGAGCUGGGGCACUGGCUGUGCCCUGGCCCAGAAGCCAGGUGUCUACACCAAAGUCAGUGACUUCCGGGAGUGGAUCUUCCAGGCCAUAAAGACUCACUCCGAAGCCAGCGGCAUGGUGACCCAGCUCUGACCUGCGGCUUCUCCUUGAUGUGCACGCCUCCAGGGCCCAAGUUCGCCUAGGUGGCUCCAGCCCCACCUGGUGGGGUUCACCUUGGGCCUGGAAUGGGACAUUUUUCUUCUUGGGCUGAGCCCACAGGUCCAAGGAUACCCUCCCUCCAGGCUCCUCUCUUCCACAGUGGCGGGCCCACUCAGCCCUGGGACCACCCGAGCCUCACCCUCCUGACCCCCAUGUAAAUAUUGUUCUGCCAUCCGGGGACCCCCAUCUAGGUGCCCCUGAUGACAGGAUGCUCUUUAAAUAAUAAAGAUGGUUUUGAUUAA